AGUCUGUGGGCAUUCCAGAUUUCUUUAUUUGUUUCCUUUCUGUUUGUGCAGAGAGAGAGAGAGAGAGAGAGAGAGAGAGUUGGAGUUUGUGAGAUCUGAACGAAACAAACACAAACAAAAAACAAAAAUUUGAGGGUGAUCUUUAAAAAAAGGGUGAGAAGGAGAAAAGGGUAGCUUUUGUUUUGGAGUUUAGUGAAAUGGGUGUGAUUUAAAAUUUGAGGUUAGUUGGAGAGUAAUUUGGUGGAUUGAAGCUGCUGCAAAGUAUUUGAUCGCCGAUUAAUGUCCCUGUGUCUGUCUCUGCAUGGAAAUGUACCGUCACGUAGUUCAAAAUUUCUGCCUUUUUUAAGUGAAGAGGAAGAAGAAGAGGAAGAGAGGAGAUUAGACAAGUCAGAACAGCUUUUUCCUGGCCCAAAACAGGAAUAGGGUUUUCUUGAGUGAAAAAGAAUUGAGAAAUUUCAGGUCUCAAAAUCUUAUUAAUUGAAAGUUUAUAUAGAGGGAUUUAGUGUUUUGGCAGUAAAUGUUGAUACUUCAGUCCAUAUAGAGGCAGGCUUUCACUGAGAGUAGCAAAUAAAGAAAGAAUCAGUGUUUUCUCUUUUGCUCUGUUUGUCUGGUUCAGUGUGUUUUUCCUUUAACUUAACAGCAUUUCAAGAGCACUCUUCACCACCAUCAAGUCCUCCGCCGCCAGAAGCAAUGAAAGAGCUGGAGAAGAGCUUGGAUCCACAGUUAUGGCAUGCCUGCGCAGGAAGCAUGGUACAGAUCCCUCCCGUGAACUCCAGAGUCUUCUACUUUCCUCAAGGCCACGCUGAGCACUCCCAGUCUAUGGUCGAUUUCUCCUCCUCCCCGCGAAUCCCGGCUCUUGUACUCUGCCGCUUGGCCGCCGUCCAGUACCUAGCCGACUUAGAAACCGAUGAAGUCUACGCCAAGAUUAGCAUCGUCCCAUUGCCAAACAACGAGUUUGAUUUCGGAGAAGAAAUGGGUAUAUGCGAUAAUAAUAAUGGCAAUAAUACAGAGAAGCCUGCUUCUUUCGCAAAAACUCUAACCCAAUCUGACGCUAAUAAUGGUGGGGGUUUCUCUGUACCAAGGUACUGUGCUGAGACUAUAUUUCCCCGGUUGGAUUACUCAGCAGAUCCUCCUGUGCAGACGGUUGUUGCCAAGGAUGUUCAUGGGGAGAUGUGGAAGUUCAGGCACAUUUAUAGAGGGACGCCGAGAAGGCAUUUGUUGACUACUGGGUGGAGCACGUUUGUUAACCAGAAGAAAUUGGUUGCUGGGGAUUCAAUUGUGUUCCUGAGAGCUGAAAAUGGCGAUCUCUGCGUCGGAAUUCGCCGCGCCAAGCGGGGAAUUGGGAUUGGAAAUGGGAUUGAAUCGUCGUCACCUUCCUCUGGAUGGACUGCAAAUGCGAGUUGUGUUAACCCAUAUAGUGGAUUUUCUCUUUUUCUGAAAGAAGAUGAGAAUAAAGGAAUGCGAAAUGGGGGACUACGAGGCAGGGGAAGAGUAAGGCCUGAAGAGGUUUUGGAGGCGGUGGCGCAUGCAGCCAACGGUCAGCCGUUUGAGGUUGUUUAUUACCCUCGGGCAAGCACACCGGAGUUUUGCGUUAAGGCGUCUUCGGUGAGGGCUGCAAUGAGGAUCCAAUGGUGCUCUGGAAUGAGGUUCAAGAUGGCCUUCGAGACGGAGGAUUCUUCACGGAUUAGCUGGUUCAUGGGGACUGUGGCCUCUGUUCAGGUUUUUGAUCCCAUCCGGUGGCCUAAUUCUCCUUGGCGGCUUCUCCAGGUGACGUGGGAUGAGCCGGAUUUGCUGCAGAAUGUAAAAUGUGUCAGCCCAUGGUUGGUUGAAUUGGUUUCAAACAUGCCAGUCAUCCACCUGUCACCCUUCUCCCCACCAAGGAAGAAGUUGCGGCUCCCGCAACACUUGGACUUUCCCCUUGAUAGCCAAUUUCAAUGGCCAUCAUUUUCAGGCAACCCGCUUGGGCCUAGCAGCCCCUUGUGUUGUCUAUCUGAUAACACUCCUGCAGGCAUACAGGGAGCCAGGCAUGCUCAAUUUGGAAUAUCUUUAUCAGAUCUCCAGCUUAACAACAAACUGCAGUCAGGGCUGUUUUUGUCCGGUCUCCAGCGGUUCAAUUCACACUCUAGAAUUUCUGAAAGUUUCAUGAAAGGCCAUACAAAUAGCGAUGAGAAUUUAUCUUGCUUGUUGACAAUGGGGAGCUCUAAUACAAAUUCAGAGAAAUCUGAUAAUGUAAAGAGGCACCAAUUUUUACUCUUUGGUCAACCAAUUCUCACUGAGCAGCAGAUUUCUCAUAGCUGUUCCACUGAUGCAGUCUCCCAAGUUCUUAGUGGAAAAUUUUCAUCAGAUGAGAGUCCGGAAAAAUCAAAAAGUCAUGAUGUUUUGGGAUGUGCUUCUGAGAAACAAAAAUCAGUGGAAAAGUCGGCUAGUACCGGCUUGUCAUGGCAGAGUCUUCACACCACUGAAACUGGCUUGGAUGCCGGUCAGUGCAAGGUUUUCUUGGAAUCAGAGGAUGUAGGUCGGACCCUUGACUUAUCUGUUCUUGGUUCUUAUGAAGAGCUGCAUGGUAGGCUGGCCAACAUGUUUGGAAUAGAAAGAUCUGACAUGUUCGGCCAUGUGCUCUACCGAGAUGCAACUGGUUCUGUUAAACAGAUGGGAGAUGAGCCAUUCAGUGUCUUUGUAAAAACAGCAAAAAGGUUGACAAUUCCGAUGAAACCAACUAACAGUGACAAUAUCGGAAGGCCAUGGAUCACCGGGAUGAGGAGUGCUGAAAAUGGUCUAGAGGCUUCAAAUAAGACUGGUCCCUUGAGCAUAUUUGCAUAAUAUAGCGUGUGGGUUAUGAGAGUAGAUGCAAAGAGAAUAACUGAUAUUGAGAGCUUUCAGUUGUUUUUGUUAUAUAGAUAGGAGAAACAGGAUAAAGAACUCUCAUCUCUUACUAAGGUUGUUCUCUGAAUGUGUUUCUUUUUAGCGUGGGUGUUUGUUGUACUGAAUAUUUCUGAGUAAUAUUAUGAAUGAAAGCUUUCUUGCCUA